CAAUAACAAGGAUUUUUUGCAGGAAGAAAGAUCAACUGUAUACUGAAAGAACACGUGAAAGAUGGAUGUGGAAUGCUGCAACACGACAACUUGUCCAGAGGUUCUGCCAAACUCUAAUUCGGUGCAGACUUCAGGUGAAAAAAGUCAUAACGACUCCAGUAGCAGUGUAAGUAAAGCUGAAGAAAAUGCUACUGCUGUCGACAAAACUAUGGAAGAUACAGGCGAGAAGAUAGACUUUAAAGUCAUCUUCAACAAGAAAAAGAUAGAUGUUACUUUUGCACUGGAUGGCACUGUUGGUGAGCUCAAAACAUACCUUCAUAACAUCAUCAAUGUGCCAGAGGCAAUGCAGAAAAUCAUGAUCAAGGGAUUGGCCAAAGAUGAUCAGACUCUGAGAAGUUUAGGAGUAACAAAAGGUGCCAAAGUCAUGAUUGUUGGAUCAAAGCUAGAUGACGUUCUAGCUGUUUCUAUACCUACGAAACAAGAAAUCGCUGAAGAAAGUGCAGCAGCAGCUGUUAGUAAGGAACCUCUUUCGCAACAAAAAGUACACCGCAAAGUUUUAGAUAAAGGAUUACCAGAGGACGUUAUGCCGGGUAUUUUGGAUACCCAGGAACCACUUCCUAGUUAUCCCUUAGUUGGUAUGCUGAACAAAUCUGGUAAUAAAGUAAGACUAACUUUCAAAUUGGAACAAGAUCAGCUGUGGAUUGGUACUAAAGAUAGGACGGAUAAAUUAUCUAUGACUAAUAUAAAAGAUGUUCACACUGAACCGAUUCAUGAUCAUCCUGAAUAUCAUAUUGUGGGUUUACAGUUGGGCACAACAGAAGCAUCGAGAUAUUGGAUAUAUUGGGUUCCAACGCAAUACAUUCAAUCAAUCAAAGACUCCGUUCUUGGUAAGUGGUGUUAUUUCUGAUCGAGUGUUGGUGUAUUUUACAUCUUUUGUUUUUCUUCUCUUAAACUAAGCGUAAUCGGCUAUUGAACAUCACAACAAACAACUGUAUGCUAGUCAGGCAUUCAUAACAUUAUGCUGAAUAAGGGAUACACAAAUUAGUCAAAUCCGUGCAAACAAACUGCCUAUUCUGGAAAUUGGGAUUUUUUUUAAUAUACAUAACUGUCUUAAAUUUUUCUAUUCAGUAAUUUAUAAUUUUCAAAAAGCUGAAAUAUUUCUCAGCAGUCAGUCCGCAAGUAAAUUUCAUUUAUCUAAAUAACAAGUAAAGUUCCAAUUCAACGAAAUAAAAUAUUAACUAAUUUUUUUUUCUCUAUUGUUAUUUUAAUGGAUGAAAUUAAUUUAAAAUUGUUUUCAAUAUGAUAUUCUAUCCAGAGAUAAAUAAUCAUGAGUAAUCAUAAAAAUUACUCAAGACUUGUAAAUCAUAGCAUAUACAUAUAUUAUAUAAGCGGUAUUUCGUAUUUUAUACAUGUGUUAGAAAUUUCUGUGAUCUACUUUUGCCGUCUUGUUUUUAAAGAUGCAUUGCUCGAAAUUAAAAAAAAAGUUUAUUAACAAUCAGGGAUCUUGUAUUUAGAAGUCAUCACUUUACAUUUGUAAGGGUAUUGUUCAAUAAAGUACAUCUCAACCAGCGUUCGACGCUUUAAAAAAAAAAAAAAAGUAAAUUAAAACAAUGAUUUUUGAUGCGUUAAACGCAAUUGUUUAAAUAUAUUUAUAUGGUAAAGCAACGAAGUUCUCGAAAUUAAACAUUGUCACAGAUGAGUUAAUCAUCAUGAAUACUGAAUAAAGAGUAAAUAAGCGUAUAAAAAAUAAAUAACUUGAGUAUGGACUUUGCAUCUUCAAUCAAGCAGCACAAAUUUAUAAUGUUAUAUACAAUAAUUUAUGUAUAUCAAACUUUAAAGAGAGAACGACUCUAAGUUGUAUAGUUAUAACUUUAUAAUGAUAUUUUGUACAAUCGAUUGAGUACAGGAAAAAAGACGUCAAUGGAAUAACGAAUAAUGAUAAUUAGAAACUAAAUCCUGGACUCGAAUGGUACGAUACAUUGAUCGUAAUCACGAAAAUAUAUCCUUCUACGAUUAGUUGUAUAAAAAUAUACAUUAUUAAAAACCCUGAAACAGUGUGAUUCCAUGAA